AUGGAAAUCACCAGUGUUCUCUGGACAACGCUCACCAUCGUAUGGGCUGUGGAUGGUUUCGGGAUCGAACUAUUGGGGUACAACGCAGAAGAGUUCAACCUCGAGGAGCUCUUCUCACACCCCCAAGGAUUCGGCAGCACAAGACAUGUAAGGGAAGUAGAACAAUCUAGUGAUAGAGAUCACAAGCGAAAGCAUCGCCAUAGGGGUGAUUCCCUCUUACCUUAUAAGUACUGCUGCGGCGGUGAGAACAACACUGACCGUUCAAACUAUAAAGAAAUUAGAGAUAUAUUCGUAAAAUGUAUUGAAGACAAGCUUGAGCAUAAGGACGAGUGGUCCAAUUUUGGUAAUCCAACAAAAGAUCCUUUCACUUGUGAGCGUAUGAAAAAGUUUAAAAAUCAUUUUUAUUGCGCCGCAGAUUGUAUGAUGAAAAGCUACGGAGCGCUAGGAAAUGACGGAUCAGUUGACAUUGAUAAAUGGACAGAAUUUACUACAAAUGACCUUGCUUUUCCAUGGUUAAAGGAUCUUGCUGCAGUAGCUGUAGAAAAAUGUAUCAAAAAUGACUAUCACUGGUUGAAAAAUGGAGGUGAUUUGAAAUGUAAUUCACGAGCCGUUGACGUCAAUCACUGUGUCUGGAGCCAAAUAAUGAUGACUUGUCCAGAUGAACAUUUUGUGAAGAGUCCCUAUUGUAUACGAGUCAAAGAAGCCUUUGAAGAUGUCGAUGGCUAAAUUGAUCUACAAAUAUCUGUCUUAGAGCAUCCAAUAUAACUUUAGGGUAUCAUCUUGCUCGAUUGGUUUACCUCAAAGAUUUUUUUCUGAAAUAAAUUUUGUAAACGCA